AUGCACACCGGAGGUAGACUCGUUGCUGGUUCCCACAACAGGAACGAGUUUGUGCUCAUCAAUGCCGAUGAGAAUGGAAGGAUUAAGUCUGUUCGAGAGCUGAGUGGACAGAUAUGUCAGAUUUGUGGGGAUGAGAUAGAAGUCACUGUGGAUGGGGAGCCCUUUGUUGCUUGCAAUGAGUGUGCUUUCCCAGUUUGCCGGCCUUGUUAUGAGUACGAAAGGCGUGAGGGAAAUCAGGCUUGUCCUCAGUGCAAGACCAGAUACAAACGUAUCAAAGGUAGUCCCAGGGUUGAAGGUGAUGAAGAUGAAGAUGGUGCUGAUGAUUUGGAUAAUGAGUUUGAUUAUGGGGAUUUUGAUGCUUUGGGCACACAGCCAAUGUCGGAAUCCUUGUAUUCUGGUCGUCCUAACACUGGGCGAGGUUCUAAUAAUGUAUCUGGCAUUGCAACAAACUUGGACCAUGGCUCAGCCCCUCUCAAUUCUGAAAUACCGCUCCUAACUUAUGGGGAGGAGGAUCCUGAGAUAUCUUCGGAUAGACAUGCACUAAUCGUUCCGCCAUAUAUGAAUCAUGGAAAUAGAGUCCAUCCAAUGCCUUAUAGCGAUCCUUCUAUUCCAUUGCAACCCAGACCCAUGGUUCCCAAGAAAGAUAUUGCUGUGUAUGGGUAUGGAAGUGUGGCUUGGAAAGACCGCAUGGAAGAAUGGAAGAAAAGACAAAGUGACAAACUUCAGGUGGUGAAGCAUGAAGGGAACAAUGAUGGAGGUUUUGGCGAUGACUUUGAGGAUGCUGAUUUGCCCAUGAUGGAUGAAGGCAGGCAACCGCUUUCUCGGAAGCUACCCAUUCCUUCAAGCAAGAUAAAUCCUUACAGAAUGAUUGUAGUACUCCGUCUUGUAAUCCUUGGGCUCUUUUUCCAUUAUAGAAUUCUCCACCCAGUUAAUGAUGCAUAUGGAUUGUGGUUGACAUCAGUCAUCUGUGAAAUAUGGUUUGCUGUAUCAUGGAUAAUGGAUCAGUUUCCAAAAUGGUACCCAAUACAACGUGAAACAUACCUUGAUCGCUUGUCACUCAGGUAUGAAAAAGAAGGGAAGCCAUCUGAGCUGUCCAGCGUUGAUGUCUUUGUCAGUACUGUCGAUCCAAUGAAAGAACCUCCGUUGAUCACGGCAAACACUGUUCUUUCUAUCCUUGCUGUUGAUUAUCCGAUUGACAAGGUGGCAUGCUAUGUAUCAGAUGAUGGUGCUGCUAUGCUUACUUUUGAAGCACUGUCUGAGACAUCUGAAUUUGCUAGGAGAUGGGUUCCAUUUGUUAAGAAAUACAAUAUUGAGCCACGGGCACCAGAGUGGUAUUUUGGUCAGAAGAUGGACUAUCUGAAAAAUAAAGUUCAUCCAGCAUUUGUCAGGGAAAGGAGAGCAAUGAAGAGAGAUUAUGAGGAAUUUAAGGUGAGGAUUAACAGUUUGGUGGCAACUGCACAGAAGGUUCCCGAGGAUGGAUGGACCAUGCAAGAUGGAACUCCUUGGCCGGGGAAUAAUGUGAGGGAUCACCCUGGCAUGAUUCAGGUUUUCCUUGGCCAGGAUGGUGUUCGUGAUGUUGAAGGAAAUGAGCUUCCUCGCUUGGUCUAUGUUUCUCGAGAAAAGAGGCCAGGCUUUGAUCACCACAAAAAGGCUGGGGCAAUGAACGCUCUGGUACGGGCGUCAGCAAUUAUCACAAAUGCACCAUAUCUUCUGAAUGUUGAUUGUGAUCACUACAUAAACAAUAGCAAGGCGCUUAGAGAAGCUAUGUGUUUUAUGAUGGAUCCUCAACUUGGGAAAAAGGUUUGCUAUGUGCAAUUUCCUCAGAGAUUUGAUGGAAUUGAUAGACAUGAUAGAUACUCAAACAGAAAUGUUGUAUUUUUCGAUAUCAACAUGAAAGGAUUGGAUGGGAUCCAAGGUCCAAUAUAUGUCGGAACUGGAUGUGUUUUCAGAAGGUAUGCACUAUAUGGAUAUGAUGCACCUGCCAAGAAGAAACCACCGAGCAAAACUUGUAACUGUUGGCCAAAGUGGUGCUGCCUGUGCUGCGGCUCUAGAAAGAAAAAGAAUGCCAACACUAAGAAGGAGAAAAAGAGGAAGGUGAAGCACAGUGAAGCAUCGAAGCAGAUACAUGCACUUGAAAAUAUUGAGGCUGGGAAUGAAGGAGCCAAUAAUGAGAAGACGUCCAAUUUGACUCAAACAAAGUUGGAGAAGAAAUUUGGACAGUCCCCAGUAUUUGUGGCCUCAACACUUUUGGAAGAUGGUGGUGUUGCACAUGGCGCGAGUCCUGCAUCACUUUUAAAAGAAGCCAUCCAAGUUAUCAGUUGCGGUUAUGAAGACAAAACUGAUUGGGGAAAAGAAGUUGGAUGGAUAUACGGUUCUGUGACAGAGGAUAUCUUGACUGGAUUUAAAAUGCAUUGCCAUGGUUGGCGGUCGGUGUAUUGCAUCCCGAAGCGCCCUGCAUUCAAGGGGUCAGCACCUAUCAAUCUUUCGGAUCGUCUGCACCAAGUUCUUCGGUGGGCCCUCGGUUCCGUCGAGAUUUUCUUCAGCAGACAUUGUCCAAUCUGGUAUGGCUAUGGUGGUGGCUUGAAAUGGUUGGAACGAUUUUCCUACAUAAACUCAGUGGUGUAUCCAUGGACUUCAGUCCCAUUGCUUGUCUACUGUACUCUACCUGCCAUAUGCCUUCUCACUGGAAAAUUUAUUGUACCUGAGAUUAGCAACUAUGCGAGUCUUGUGUUCAUGGGCCUCUUCAUAUCCAUUGCAGCAACCGGCAUCCUGGAGAUGCAAUGGGGUGGUGUCUCCAUCGACGACUGGUGGAGGAACGAACAGUUCUGGGUGAUCGGAGGCGUCUCCUCCCAUCUUUUUGCUCUAUUUCAGGGUUUACUGAAGGUGUUGGCCGGUGUGAACACGAACUUCACGGUGACCUCAAAAGCAGCAGAUGAUGGAGAAUUCUCAGAACUGUACAUCUUCAAGUGGACAUCACUGUUGAUCCCUCCAACCACACUACUAAUAAUGAACAUUGUUGGGGUGGUUGUUGGGGUCUCAGAUGCCAUCAACAAUGGUUAUGACUCAUGGGGACCUCUGUUUGGAAGAUUGUUCUUUGCCCUGUGGGUCAUCAUCCAUCUCUACCCCUUCCUCAAGGGGUUGCUUGGGAAACAAGACAGAAUGCCAACCAUCAUCUUGGUCUGGUCGAUCCUUCUUGCCUCCAUCUUGACUCUUAUGUGGGUCAGAAUUAACCCCUUUGUUUCAAGGGAUGGUCCUGUGUUAGAGAUUUGUGGAUUGAAUUGUGAUGAGUCGUGAAUAAAGAAAAAGGGUGGUGUUGGUUAUUUUUGAGUUGCACUCAUAUAUGUUGUUGAAGAAAGAACAUUGGUUGAGAAUGCAACGAGGGUGGUUCACAAAGUUGGAAGAAUUUUCGGAUGAAAGCUUUUAUUUUUCGGGUGUGUAGAGAUAAAAGAGGAAGCAGGAGAGAGAGGGGGCUGACACAUUGUUACCUUGUAAUAGGGGUUUUUCAUUUAUUCUUUCAUUAUAUUUUCUGUGGGUCUUAGUGUUAUUCUCUUUCUAGUUUCAUGUAUUAUAAGAAAGAGGCAUUGAAUGAUAAAUUAUUCCCUCUCCAACAUGGGGAAUCUGCACUCUCAACAAUCACCUGUCAUAUUUUAAGGUAUGCUUCUUCUUCUUGUUCUUGUUCAAAACCUUUUCGUCAUUUGUAAUACCGUCAACUAUGGAUAUUCUUAUUCUUAUUCCUCA